AUGAAACAACAACAGCAUCCUCUUGCACCAGCGGGGCCGAUAGAUCACCAAGGCCCGGCACUGUAUGAAGAUCUUUGUCAAGGUCUCACUCACCUCCAUUUCAAUCCCGAGCCACAGAUGUCAAAGAACUGGUACUCGUGCCUUUACUCAAUUGCGUUGGCAUUGAUGCAGCCUUGGGACGAACGUCGACACAACAUAAUACACCCUUAUUCUGUCGAAUCUCCUUAUGAGAAGAUCUACCAAGACAUGACCUCUUUCCUCGCCGGAUUUCUCCGCGAACGUGCCCGAACGAUCCUGUCGCGCGAUCCACAAGUCAUGUUUCAUCUCUACCUUUACGAGUGGGAGAGCUACAACAAGAUAGCUGGGAAUGUUGAAUCUGUUCUAAGACACAUGAACGAAGCAUGGGCAGAACGGAACAUCCGAGCAGGGAUUAGGAGGUUUCCUCUUGUUUACACUUUUUACUGUUUGCAGUGGCAUGACCAUGUGUGGGCCGUGGUCCGCGACCAUGUUGCGAAGAGCGCUUGGCAAGUAGCGAAGAAGGCUGAUGGUCCGCUCAAAUUCGACAAUAUUGUCAAGGGUUUUCCGUCUAUGAAGGUUGACGGGAAAUGGGCCGAGGCCAACCAAGGAGCAAAUGUCCUCGAGAUUCUCGAGGCGCCUUUCACUUCACCAAUCAAGUUCCACUACGCCAUUGUUGACCACUAUAUCGACGAGAUGAACGCGGCCAGAAUCGCUGCCCGGUAG